AGCAACAAAGAGAGCGCGCGCUCAAUUGAUAAUUGCAAUUGAAUGAUUGACAGCUUGUAGUACGUCUGACUCUUGAGCUUUGGAUGAUGAACAACGUGGAGGGCACACGAGCUGCUGCUGGCGUUGCGCUCCAUAGACAUUCAACGUAUAUUGAAUCCACAGCAGACAAACUGCUGCUGCAGCGCUCCAUGUCCUUUGUUCAGACCAAGCUAACUAAGAACGGCUGCGUCAGUGCCCUGCAGCGCUGCGAGGAUGUUGCGCUCUGCUGGCCUUUAAACUCACAGAACAAUUUAUGCAAUGGCAUUGUCAAUCACAACAAUCAUGUGCUGGCGCCCAAGGUCCUGAACAGCAGUCCCAAUGAGCAGAAUAAUAAGAAGGGCACCAUCUCGUUGUCCCAUCUGCCCCAGCGACCGCCAGUGGAUAUUGAGUUUUGUGAUAUUUCCUACUCGGUGCCCGCUGGACAGCUGCGUGGCAACAAGACCAUCUUGAAGAGCGUUUCCGGCAAGUUCCGCAAUGGACAGAUCACGGCCAUCAUGGGGCCCUCGGGCGCGGGCAAGAGCACGCUCAUGAAUAUACUCGCAGGUUACAAAACCUCACAGCUGAGCGGCUCAGUCUUGAUCAACGGCAAGGAGCGCAACUUGCGACGCUUUCGCAAACUCUCCUGCUACAUUAUGCAGGACGAUGUGCUGAUUGCUCAACUCACCGUGCGCGAGGCCAUGAUGGUGGCUGCCAAUCUGAAGCUGGGCAAGAAUAUGAUCGCGUACGCCAAGUGUGUGGUGGUGGAGGAGAUACUGGACACCAUUGGACUGAAGGAGUCGGCCAGCACGUUCACCUGCAAUCUGUCGGGCGGCCAACGCAAGCGUUUGUCCAUCGCACUGGAGCUGGUCAAUAAUCCACCUGUAAUGUUCUUUGACGAGCCCACAUCGGGACUGGAUAGUUCAACCUGCUUCCAGCUCAUAUCACUGCUCAAGUCGUUGGCGCGUGGAGGACGCACCAUUGUCUGCACCAUACAUCAGCCCUCGGCGCGCCUCUUUGAGAAGUUCGAUCAUCUCUAUUUGCUGGCGCAGGGGCAGUGCAUGUAUGAGGGGCGUGUGGCGGGCCUGGUGCCGUAUUUAUCAUCGCUGGGCUACGAGUGCCCCUCGUAUCACAAUCCGGCCGACUAUGUGCUGGAGGUGGCCUCCGGCGAGUACGGCGAGGCGGUGCCCAAGCUGGUGCAGGCGGUGAAGAGCGGCGCCUGCCAGAAAUAUAUGCACAAGGACUUUGGCCUGAAGCUGCUCAACUCCAAGGCAAUUGCCAAUGAUAUUGCCAAAGGCAAUGGCAACGGCAACGGCAGCAUUAGCACCAACAACACCAGCACUGUAACUGCAACAGCAACACUCUCCGCUGCAGCCAGCAUCACACUGCAGGAUGAAAAGUCCAGCAAGACGCUGCAGCCCAUAGCCGACGAUGAUGAUGCUGCUGCUGGAUCGGCUGAUGAGCUGGCUGAGCUGAAACCACCGCGUCUGGAGGCGCAGCAGUCGCAGAACUCCGACUGCAGCGUCAUCAACAACUUGCCCGCCAAUGAGGACAGCUGCAGCUUUAACUCCUCCAAGGGUGCGCAGAGCCAGAAUGCCAUAGCAGGCUCCAACUCCAAUGCCGUUGUGGGCUGCAUGACCUCGCUGCUGGACUCGCACGAAAGCGUCGUCACGCUGCCCAACAAAACGGGCUUCCCCACCAGCGGCUGGCAGCAGUUCUGGAUAUUGCUGAAGCGCUCCUUUCGCACCAUCAUGCGGGAUCGCAUGCUCACGCAUAUGCGUCUCUUCUCGCAUGUCAUAGUGGGCGCCAUUAUAGGCAUGAUUUACUAUGAUGUGGGCAACGAGGCGAGCAAGAUAAUGAGCAACGCCGGCUGCAUUUUCUUUGUCUCGCUAUUUACCACAUUUACCGCCAUGAUGCCCACCAUACUGACAUUUCCCACUGAGAUGUCCGUGUUUGUGCGUGAGCAUCUCAACUAUUGGUACUCGCUCAAGGCUUUCUACUUUGCCAAAACCAUAGCGGACAUUCCAUUUCAAAUUGUCUUUUCGAGCGUUUUUGUGCUGGUGGUUUACUAUCUCACCUCGCAGCCCAUGGAGCUGGAACGCGUCUCCAUGUUUGUUAUAAUCUGUGUGCUCAACUCGCUUGUGGCUCAAUCUCUGGGCCUGCUCAUUGGUGCUGGCAUGAAUGUGGAAACUGGCGUAUUUCUGGGACCUGUUACCACAAUACCCACUAUUUUAUUCUCGGGUUUCUUUGUCAACUUCGACACUAUACCAACGUAUCUACAGUGGGUUACUUAUGUCAGCUACGUGCGCUAUGGCUUUGAGGGCGCCAUGGUCUCAAUUUACGGCAUGGAUCGCGCCAAGCUGCACUGCAAUGAAAUUUACUGUCAUCACCGCGUGCCCAAGAAGUUUCUGGAAUGGAUGUCCAUGCAGGAUGCCAAGUUUUGGGUCGAUGCCACCGCACUCAUUGGCAUCUUCUUUGGCCUGCGCAUCAUUGCGUACUUUGUGCUGCGUUGGAAGCUGCACAUGAUACGUUAAGCUAGCCCCCCUUGUUUAAUUUAAUUUUAAGCCCUAAGUUAAUUUUUGUAUAUAGCGCAAAUGUGCAAUAGGAAUUUUGUAGGAAUUAUUAUGUUGGCUUCGAGUGUCAUUUGCAAGUUUUCAAUAUUUAUAGCCGGUUUUUAAUAUUACAUAUUUCUAGUGCGUACUGAUUCACAACAAACACAACUCUGCGUCUAGACACAAAAGAAUAUCGGAGCACACACACCCCCACAUACAGACUAUAUAUAGUUUUAACAGUUAUCCCAUUUAUAUCUUGUAGAUAAGAGCAGGUUUAGCGUUUCAUAGGCACGUUCGUUGACAAAACAUAAAGAAUUCAAUAUUCAAAUAACAUACUUGUGACCAAGCAGAAGAGUCUGAACUUAAAUAGGUUGAAAAACAAAACAAAAUUAUAGGAAAACCCACAUCUAGGCAAUGUAAUGUAUACAUCAGAAUUAUUAUGCAAUUUGUUCAGAUCUAUUGCUAACUUUUCCCAACGUUCUAUUAAUCACUCCGUCCCUCUCAGUUGUUGUUGGCUCUCUCUUUAGGCCAGUUACUAACUACUUAGAAUCAUACACAGCUCAACAAAUUCUAUCAUUAAUUUUCCCACUAAUUUGCAGCUUCUAAUUAUUUAGAACGUGCUUAGCAGAACUACAAAAUAAACCUUGUGAUAUUAAGCACUGGAACUAGCCAAAUUGUAAUAGAAUAUUGGAGAUGGUGCUUAUGUCCAGGCCAACUGGUGAUAUGAAGCAAUUAUUACUAUUAUUAUAGUUAUUAUUAUUAUUCCUACAAACAUGAAUUAAUUUCGGUAUUGAAACAGUUUCAUAUAAUUUACGGCAUAUGUGUGAUGAUUACGUGUUACUUUAAGUUUAAUUAGAAUUUUAUAUUUAAUGAAGCCAAAAUAAAUGCAAAUAUCAUUUAAAAAAUAUCUAAGGCUUAUGCGCCAAAUUGGGUUAAUUUAAUAAAUUAUUCCCAAAUAAAUAAUACAAUAUAUGAUUUGUGAUACAGCAAAACAGCUUAUGCCACAUUGUUCAGAUUCUCAUGAGAAGGAGCUAAGCUUAUAAAGUUUAUAAUGGUGAACACAAAAUCAACAAAGCAAUUUGUAUAUUCAUAGUGUUAGAGCAAAUUUAUUUAGCAUGUUAAACUUGUAUAAUGAAUAUUCAUACCACACAUACGAUGCAUACAUAUACAAUACAAUACACACUAAGCCACCCAGUAGCGUAUUUUUAAUAAAGAAUAUAA